AUGAAAAACCUUUGUUUCAGAGCCAUUACCAUGGCUCUGGGUCUUUAUUUUACUGGAGCAAUGACAAACCCGGCAAGGAAAAGCAGUAUUUUUUUCAAUUCUGAGUGCCAAUGGAAUGGAUAUCGCCUGGCGAAUUGUUCCUUUACUGGAAAGCAGGAUAUACCUGUGGACAUAUCACAGACGGCAGCCACAGUGGAUGCAAGUUCCAUUUUAUUUAAGGGCCUCUUACAAUCGCCCACAAACGAAGAAAAACGGAACAUAAAACAUCUGGACCUCAGUAACAAUCUCAAGUUGAAAAUAACCUUAAGCCCUCUUGCGCAUUUACCUGGUUUGGAAACCUUAAACCUCAGCAACAAUGCCAUCCACUCCCUCUCCCUGGAUCUGCCCAGUCCUAAGUGCCCCUGGGUGAAAGGCCACAGAAGCAGCUUGGGAAGUGGGCUUCCACAUCUGAAGCUGCUAAUUCUUCGAAGAAAUAAACUCAGUGACAUUCCCAAGGGAUUGUGGAAACUGAAGUCAUUGCAGAGUUUGGAUCUAUCAUUCAAUGGAAUAUUGAAAAUUGGUGUGUUUGAUUUUCAUAACUGCCUGCAGUUGGAGAACCUCUAUUUAAGGAGCAACAAGAUAUUCAAAAUUCAUCCAGAAGCCUUCAAGGACCUCAAAAAGUUACAGGUUGUGGACCUCAGCAGCAAUGCUCUGACCACCAUCCUGCCCAUGAUGGCCCUUGCUCUAGAACUUCCCCACCUGGAGGCUGACUUGGCCCAUAACCAAUGGCAGUGUGAUGACAGUGUGGCCGUCUUCCGAAAUGUCAUUUCUGAAUCCUGGAGGAGAAAGUGGGAUGUAGUUUGCAACAAGUCUAUAGGGCCCGAGGAGGCAAACUGGUGGACACCCAAAAGCAGGAUUCCCCGGGAGGCCCAACUUCCUCCCACGAAUCUGAAUCACGCGAGAAGCCUCAUCAGGAGCAAAGCUGAGAGGCCCCAGGAAGGAAUGCAUGUGGGCUCAGCCACGCCGGGGAAGCAGGACCACACGGGCUCUGAGGCCCGUGAGCAGCACAGACGGCCGCCGAGGCGGGUGAGGAGCACCCAGGAUGGGCAAGCUGCUGGCGGCACGGAAGCCGCGUCCCCGGACCUCGCCCUGGCCGUCUGCUUAGCGGUGUUCAUCACCUUCUUCGUGGCCUUCUGCCUGGGGGCUCUGGCCAGGCCUUACAUUGACCGACUGCGGCAACAGCGGUGCAGGAAGAAGAGACCCGGGUCUGCCCUCGGGUAUUCCAACGAGGGCUUCUACGAUGAAACGGAAGCUGCCGGGGCCGGCCAGCACCCCGGGGUGGGUCUGCACCUAGCGCCCCGUGGCCUAAGCCUCUGUGAGCCCGAGCACCCUUUCUCGGGGACACGGGCCAGCCCACAGGCUGCUGUCACUGCUGGCAGAACUCGGGGCACGAGCAGAGAGGAGGCUGGCGGCGGGCAGAGCAGGGGCCAGUGCGGGGCCGGCCCUGGGGCAGGAAGGAGGAAGGACAAUGUGUGUCCCGACGGCCGUGCGGCCCGUCCCGCUCUCCACGGGCGGCCCGGUGCUGACAGGAACCCCCUCGCGUCCGCAGAGCCGGACCGCGUCUGCAGGAACGGUGUCCGCGGGGAAGUGGAUGCUGAGGCGGAGGCCCAGGAAGACUCGCUCAGUGGGUGCUCGAUGGGCAUCCCCGGGAUGGCUGGCAGCUUACCAACCGGCUCUGGCUCCACCCAUAAGGAUUCGAAUGCAUUAGACCCACCACUGUCCAGAGAGAUGACGGCUGCUCUCUCCAAAACGCCAAGCUGUGCAAAAGCACGGAGGCCGGGAGGGCGUGAGGACAGAGAGGACACGGGGCGGGGACCGUUGGAGUUUCCUAAGGACACGCCAGUGCGCGCUCCCAGUUUGCUGGAUGCACAGGAGCCAAGGCUCAAGGGAGCCAGGGCUGGGGAGGAACAUGCCACCUACCAUGGUUCCGCCAAACUCGGUGACCUAGGACAUAGGGACCCGUCCCCAGAGGUCCUUCCCCCAGGACGGGGCAGGGACCCACAUGUCACUCCUGCUGACGGGGACCCAGCCCAGAGACACGCUCCUCCUGACACACAGGACGAGCUGGACACCGAUUCCGAUGAAGGCUCGUUAUUUACUCUAAGCUCCGGGAGUUCAGAGGGUGCGGGAAAUGGGAGUGACGGAGAGGCAGACGGGGAGGAGAGUUCUGGAACCAGUGAGCCUCGGGAGGACGGGGACCCAGGGGUGAGGAAGGACAACGUUACAUCAUCCGAGAGCCUUGGGGACAUCACCUUCCAGAAGACGCAGGGGGAAUGUGAGAAUCAGGAGGAUCGCUUUGGAAAACCUCUCAUUUCCCGUUCAGACUCCGGUGUGUCCAAGAGUCAUGGGGAAAGUGCCUCUAACACCCACAAAUGUGAGAACCCAGUGACCUUGCCCGGGUCACUGGGUGAGCGUGCUGCCCGUGACACGACCCCGGGCAUGUUCGCGUACGACUGCGUCACGGCUCUUCAGUCUGAGGCAGCAGGGUGGCAUCGCUCACUCAGAGACCUCGAGUUUUCCAACGUGGAAACACCACCGUGCUCUGCUGAGGUUCCCUCCGGUCCCGGUAAGACUGCCUGUGGUGAGAGAGAUGCAGACGUUUAUACAUACGAACCCUCCACUCAGGGAUCAGACACGGAUGAAAGCAAUAGUCCCUCGCGACACGAUUCUGAAGCGGGCAGCACGCCUUGCAGCCAGAUCGACACAGGUGCCCACGAGGGCCGUGGCUCCAGAGAGGCUGUGAGCCCAACACAACUGUUACAGUGCUCUGGCGACAACCCAGCUCUUCCGUGUGCCAGAGGAGGAGGGGAAUAUCUUGAAGAGAGUUCUAAGAGCCAGGUACUGUUGUUACAAGCGCUUCCAAAUAAAACCAGUCCGUGAAGAACACAGGAGCCCUUCAGUGACGGGGACAGGAGUACGUACUCAGAGGAGAAUCUGUUGCAACGAGAAAAAGAUGAUUCUGACUUCUGUUCUCAAACGCAGACCCACGGCAGCCUGAUGGGAGUUGGCCGUCUAGGUGAGGACCGGCUCUCCUAAAACAAAGACGAGGAUGUUCACCUUGAAAGUCAAAGGCAAUGCGAGUAACAUUCUUAGUACAGACCGGAGCACUCAGGUGGGACGGCUGAACAGAUUUUAACAAAUUCUGCACAAAGAACAGCACAGCUUUUGGGAGGUUGAUCAUGAACCUACAAAACUGGAGGGAUUCAGAGACUUUCUAAAUAUUUUUAAUAAGUUGUGUUAACAGUGGGACCAUUUAGCCAUGGCUGAUAUGGCCUGGUUGGUUGGUGGUUGUCUUGUGCACAGAAAGGUUGCUGGUUCAUUCCAGGUCAGGGCACAUACAGGGAUUUAGGCCCAGUCUCCACUAGGGGGCGUGCAGGAGGCAGCCACCUGAUGUUUUGGUUUCACACUGAUGUUUUGGUUUCACAUUGAUGUUUCUCCCUGUCUCCCUUCCUCUUUCUCUAAAAAUCAAUUUUUAAAAA